AGAGCAGAGCGGAGAGCAGGGUGAACUGGUGGCGGCUGGCUACCAUUGCCUCUCCUGUUCUGCCGUCCUGGCUGCCCGUAAACCGUUACCGGUUGCUGCCCUCCUGGCGUGGCCGAGUAAUCCCCUACAGGCUACAGCACUAGAGUAUCCCUCUCCUCUCUCCUGAAUUCCUGACCUGUCACGGUCUCGCUUAGCAGCUAGUUGGGCAGGGUUGAUAGCGUCCAAAGCUUAAGCUAUCUCCUAAUGGUGUUGGAGUUGUUCAGUCUCGGCGGCCUCGGCGGGUCAGGUCUGGUCUACUCGAGGAGGCCGAGUCACAGCCACCACUUGACGCCUUCGCCAUCCGCCAAAACCUUCCAUUUAUGGAGGGGUUUGCACAUCGCUCCGCAUGUGUCCGUGCCCGGGCCUCGCCUCGCAACAUGUGGCGGCGUUCCCGGCCCGCCACUGUGCCGGAAAACGACAGCUUUUGGUUUCCCCCCCUCCCGCCCCGCGCAGUCCUCCACGGCUCCACCAGCACCACUCUACUUAAUUACUGCCUUCCGUUUACUCGCCAGCCAGGCUGCUGCUGCCUUCGAGGCCCGACGGCGAAUUGCGCGCGGUGUGAUGCGGUGACGCCAUGGUCGUCUGGCCUGCCGGUUCUCUUCGGUUGUUCUUCAGCUCACGGCUUCGCUCCCACUCCCCGUCAUGGACAGGCUGCAGCGGCGGAGGCAUGAGGAGCUGACCGCCGGGGCUCGUCGCGGCGGCGGCGCGAUGGCGGCGAGCCGGCGCGGGCGGUUCUACUACCACGACGGGCACGGCGGCGGCGGCGGGUGCGGGCCGGCAGCCGCGGGCGUCCCGGUGGUGGACCAGGCGGACUGCACGGCGCAGACGUGCCGGUCCUGCGUGGCGGUGACGCUGGCGGACGCCAUCGCGCUGGGUUGUUGCCCGUGCGCGGUGGUCAGCCUGCUGGGGCUGGCCUUCGUCAAGGCCCCGCUCGCCGUGGCGCGCCGCUGCCUGCGGCGGCUGCGUCGGCGCCACGGCGAGCUGCGGCACAAGAAGCGGGUGCGCGACAUGGACCCCGCCGCCAAGCCCAAAUGCCGCGCCGCUGCCGCUGCCGGCGGCGGCCGCGGCCACGGCCACGGGGCGCUGGAGGUGCUGGACGCCGACGCCGCGGCGAAAGGCGGGCGGGGCUUGGACUUGGAGGCGGACGCUCGUGGCGAGGUCGCCGCGCGAGCGUCGUCGUCAGGCAGGCUCGACGCGGAGAAGGUGUGGAUGGAGAUGUACCGGGUGGGGCACUGGGGAUUCGGCCGCCUGUCCAUCUCGGUGACCCCGCCCACGCCCGUGAGGCCCGGCGGCGUGGCCACGGCCCGCAGCGCCGACGGCGGCGACGGCGGGAGAAAGGACGCGGACCUGCGGUGCGAAUCGUGACCGGCGAAGCCAUCCCGCACCCCGCUGUGCCUCCGUUCGUUCAUUCGUCCUCCCUGAAAGGAUUGUCGCCGCACGAGCACGGCGGCAGCAACUGCAGCUGGCGCACGCCGCCGCGGCCGGACGGCGCCGCGGCAAUGCCUGGAGCUUGGGAAGCAGAUCCUCCUACUUCGCACGGUACAAUCAGAAUCCAUGGUCCGUGCCACCGAGGGGAAUCGGCCGCUCGGGAGAAUCGCCAUGGCUGGCUGCAGCCGGGCAUGGGGAUCGCUGCUUGAUUCCCGGCCGUCAAAGCCGUCGCGUAGCGUGUGCCGCGCAACCCCGAACAGAAAACAAUUUCAGAGCGCGGACGAGCUCUAGCUAGCUCAGUUGGUAGCACUGGCAGUGGCCAGGCUGCCCGCCCACGGUUCGAUUCCCAGUCUGGGCGACCGUGGGUGCCGCACCCGGGAAUUUCCCCAGAAGGGACUGUGGCGGGUGUGUUGUACUGUUGUGUGUAUAGGGUGCGUGUGUGUGCGCGCCGAAGUAGACGUGUUUUGAGAUUUUUUAGGCAGUCUCAUCGUACAGUCAGCGUAGAUGCUCAUAUACGAGUCUUACAUGAUAGCCAGUGCUCCUAGUAAUAUUAAAAAAAACAAUUUCAGAGCACAGUGGCAAACCCGGAUGGCACUUUCUUCUGCAGUUCUGCUCGUGUCCAAGUGGCUCUCUGUUCCGUCCAUUUCUUCUUCUUUUUCUUCGGGUUCUUGGAGCUCCCGCCUGUAUUUUUCCAAGCUGUACAUAAUUUUACCGGCCGAUCGAGUUUCCCA